CAGCUUAGGGAACCAACAACACAGGACAAUGCAAGCCCACGAGUUGUUCCGGUAUUUUCGAAUGCCAGAUCUGGUUGACUUCCGACAGUUCGUGCGCACUCUUCCCACCAACACGCUUAUGGGCUUCGGAGCUUUUGCAGCUCUCACCACUUUCUGGUAUGCCACGAGACCCAAAGCCCUGAAGCCACCAUGUGACCUCUCCAUGCAGUCGGUGGAAGUGGCGGGUAGCGGUGGUGCUCGAAGAUCUGCGUUACUUGAUAGUGACGAGCCCUUGGUGUAUUUCUAUGAUGAUGUCACAACAUUAUACGAAGGUUUCCAGAGGGGUUUACAGGUGUCAAAUAAUGGCCCUUGUUUAGGCUCACGGAAACCAGACCAACCUUAUGAAUGGCUUUCAUACAAACAGGUUGCAGAAUUGUCAGAGUGUGUGGGCUCAGCGCUGAUCCAGAAGGGCUUCAAGACCGCCCCAGAUCAGUUCAUUGGCAUCUUUGCUCAAAAUAGACCUGAGUGGGUGAUUAUUGAACAGGGAUGCUUUGCUUAUUCAAUGGUGGUCGUUCCACUUUAUGAUACCCUUGGAACUGAAGCCAUCACGUACAUAGUCAACAAAGCUGAACUCUCUCUGAUUUUUGUUGACAAGCCAGAGAAGGCCACACUCCUAUUAGAAGGUGUAGAAAAAAAGUUAACACCAGGCCUUAAAGUCAUAGUUCUCAUGGAUGCCUAUGGCAGUGAUCUGGUGGAACAAGGCAAGAAGUGUGGGGUGGAGAUCAUCAGCCUGAAAGCCAUGGAGGACCUGGGAAGAGCCAACAGACGGAAACCCAAGCCUCCAUUACCUGAAGAUCUUGCAGUAAUUUGUUUCACCAGUGGAACUACAGGCAACCCCAAAGGAGCCCUGAUCUCUCAUCGAAAUAUAGUGAGCGACUGUUCAGCUUUUGUGAAAAUGACAGAGAAUUCAGUCAAUCCUUGCCCAGAUGAUACUUUGAUAUCUUUCUUACCUCUCGCCCAUAUGUUUGAAAGAGUUGUAGAGUGUGUAAUGCUGUGUCAUGGAGCUAAAAUAGGAUUUUUCCAAGGAGAUAUCAGGCUGCUUAUGGAUGACCUCAAGGUGCUUCAACCGACUAUCUUUCCUGUGGUUCCAAGACUGCUGAACCGGAUGUUUGACCGAAUUUUUGGACAAGCAAACACCACCCUGAAGCGAUGGCUGUUGGACUUUGCCUCCAAAAGGAAAGAAGCAGAACUUCGCAGCGGUAUCAUUAGAAACAACAGCCUGUGGGAUAAACUCAUCUUCCACAAAAUACAGUCGAGCCUGGGUGGAAGAGUCCGGCUGAUGAUCACAGGAGCCGCACCAGUGUCUGCCACAGUGCUGACGUUUCUGAGAGCAGCCCUUGGCUGUCAGUUUUAUGAAGGCUAUGGGCAGACGGAGUGUACUGCCGGGUGUUGCUUGACUGUGCCUGGAGACUGGACAGCAGGCCAUGUUGGUGCGCCAAUGCCUUGUAAUAUUAUAAAACUCAUUGAUGUGGAAGAUAUGAAUUACCUGGCAUCCAAGGGCGAGGGUGAGGUGUGUGUGAAAGGGCCAAAUGUAUUUCAGGGCUACCUGAAGGACCCAGCAAAAACAGCAGAAGCUUUGGAUAAAGAUGGCUGGUUACACACAGGGGACAUUGGAAAAUGGUUACCAAAUGGCACCUUGAAGAUUAUCGACAGGAAGAAGCACAUAUUUAAACUCGCACAAGGAGAAUACAUAGCACCUGAAAAGAUUGAAAAUAUCUACCUACGAAGUGAACUGGUUGCUCAGGUGUUUGUGCAUGGAGAAAGCUUGCAGGCAUUUCUCAUAGCAAUUGUGGUACCAGAUGUUGAGACAUUAUGUCCCUGGGCCCGAAAGAAAGGAUUUGAAGGAUCCUUUGAGGAAUUGUGCAGAAAUAAGGAUGUCAAAAAAGCUAUCCUAGAAGACAUGGUGAGACUUGGAAAGGAUUCUGGUCUAAAGCCUUUUGAACAGGUCAAAGGCAUUGCCCUACACCAGGAAUUAUUUUCUAUUGACAAUGGCCUUCUGACUCCAACAAUGAAGGCAAAAAGGCCAGAGCUACGGAACUAUUUCCGGUCACAGAUAGAGGAACUUUAUUCUACCAUCAAGGUUUAAUGUGAGAAGAAGGCUCAGAAGAAGCAGCACACCUCCACAAUCUCUUCUUCUACUCAUGGCUUUCGUGUUGGUAAUUCUGACGACAGCAAGCAUAGGGAAGGAAACAUUCACGUUUGACUUGUCCAUUUCGGGUUCUUGUCAUAGGAAUAUUAGAGGAAAUGGAACACUGCCUUACAGUCACCUCAUGUUGCAGACCAUGUUUAUGGUGAUAUACAAUUUCCAAAAUGAGCCUUAAAAAUUGUAAAGGAGAAACUACAAAUGUGCUAAGUUAUUUGAGACUUCCUCAGCUAAAAUGGUGGGUGUUAAAAUUUCUGUCUCCCUGUUUUUCUAACCAAGGAGUUAGGACUUUGCUGUUUCUGAGAUGUCUGCUACUUGCUGCAAAUGCUGCAGUUGUCUGCUGCUCUGAGGAGUACAGUGCACUGGAGGGAAGCUGUCCCUUUAAAAACAAAAACUGUCCCGGCUGGAGAAUGGUGCAAGAGGACCAGAGAUUUUUUUUUAAUCCCUGCCACCUUCCCUUCCCCACUCACACAGCCCUUCUGAUUCAUAAGGGUUAUGAAACUAUACUCUUCUCCAUAGUUCCUUGUCAUUCCUGUUGGAGCAAGGUUUCUGAAGGAUAGAUCUAAUCGAAGGAUAGUUCUAACUUAGAACAGUGCAGAUCCGGAGUCUCAGAUGAAUGGCAGCGACUCAUCAGAGCAAAUGGAUCCUCACACACAGCAGAAUGUUCUCAGACUCUGGUCACCAGACCUGAUUCCCUCCCUCCAUUCCUUCCCAGGGGUUAUUAAAAAAUCUGCCUUAGAUCCUACAGUGAAGACAAGCAUUUCAAGAAAGAAUUACCUGGAUCAACCAUGCCUAACUGUGACACCUAAAGAACUGUCCACUUUAUCUUCACUGAACCACUCAUUCUUUGUAAUAACAGCCAAUGGAUUUUUAAUGUGGUUUUCAUAUCAAAAGAUUGUGAUGCAGUUAACUUGCUUUUUUCCCCGAAAUAAACUCUCAGGCGAAGCAUGUCUUUAAAAAUAUUAAGGGAGUAGGUAUACUUGGGUACUUAUUGAAAUGGACAGUAAUAAACACAUGUUCUUAUAUCAUACUGCUACCUGAUUUCUGUGAAAUGUAUUUGACAAGCCAAAAUUCUAGGAUGUAGAAAUCUGGAAAACUCAUUUCUUGGGAUUAACUUCUCAAGAGAUUUUUUUUUUUAAGUUAAUUUGGGAAAUUAACAGCAUUUCACAUUAUUGCAAAUCUUUGCCACAUUUGACUGAAUUAAGCUGUCAUUUAUACAUUUAAAGCAAUUGUUUCUGGAAAUAAGAGUACAUAUAUUAUACAAGCACAACAGGGUUUGCACUAAGGAAUUGUCGUUGUAAUAACACUGUUUGGUAGCCUAACUUCAAAUAUGUAUUAUUCUUAAUUGCACAAAAAGUCAAAAAUUUGUCACAUUGGGGUUUUGAAUGUUUGCUUUUAAGUGUUGGCUAUUUGUAUGUUUUAUAAACCAAAACAGAAUUUCCAAAAACAAUGAAGGAAACCAAAAUAAAUAUUUCUGCAUUUCAAGUGA